UUCCGAGGAUAUGGGAUUUUAAGGCAUCUGAAUUGCUUGUGCCAUGCACGAAUAUUCUCCCAUUUCUUUUCGGACAAGUGUAAUCUCAUACGCCCACAAGCUUUAUAUAGUCCCUUCCAAUCCGAUGGUACUGAUCUCCCGCAUUCCUUCGUCCGCGCUUUCGCCCCGCAAAACGAUGCGCGACCGUCGCUCCCCAGUUUGUUAAAGCUCUGGGACCCUUUGGGAUGAUGGCCUCUUGAAAGUGAUCUUGAAGAAGGGAAGGCCGCAGAGAAACAGAAAGCACGUCAAGGGAUUGUUUUGAGAUCUGUCGAAUAGUCCGGUGAAACUAGAUGGCUCAGCGAUUCGAUGGGAGGCAGAGAUACAGCAACAGCAACUCCCCGAGUCCUCGAACCCCGACCACCCCGACGGUCGAGCAGCUCCUUUAUGACGGACCAGGCGAAAGUUCCAGGUGGUCCUCGAGCUCCCCGACGUUUAUGAGGGGCCACGAUCUGGAAGACGACCACUUCCACACGUACCCCAACAACAAGAAGUCUGUUCUUGCCAAAGUGAAAGAAAGGGCUAGAAGAUGGCGCCUCGGCCUCGGCAAGAAAAGAAAUGCCGAUGAUGGUAACACCACACCGUCGUGGGGGGUCAGCCUGGAUGAAGAUGAUGCUGAAGAAGACGCUGAAUACCUCGGAGCCCCAAUGUAUGAGUCGGAGCUGGCACCUGAAGACUGCAAGGAGAAUGCGAGGCAGCAUCCGAGAGCAAACCCGGUCAUAUCGGAGAAGCAUCUUUUGCCAAACAGUAUCAAUCAUGAAACCGAACUCAGUAAAGGAAACCCUCUAAGUCCUAACAAGACAAUGACUGAAACCAUGACGGAGAAACUGGCACCGGCAUAUGCCAUGGUCUCUGAUGCAACUCUGGCGAUCACUUCCAAAAUCCAAAACGCGCCUGCUUAUGCAACUGAUGCAACUUAUGUUAUCGCUUCAAAGAUUCAGAAUGCGCCGGCUUAUGCGACAGAUGCAACUCAUGCUGUUGCUUCAAAGAUCCAGAACCUUUCGGUCGGUUCUCCGGCAGCAGGUUUGGCAGCUGGCGGGCCUGCUAAAACUGCCGUUAGCGGGCACGAGCGGGAUACUCCUGCCGAGCAGAAGUUGGAUAAGGGAGUGUCGGUGAAGGAAUAUAUAAUGCAAAAGUUUGAACCCGGGGAAGAUGACAGGGCACUGUCUCAAGUGAUAUCCGAGGCAAUAAGUCCUCGGAAAGGUCCUGCUGAUGCAGGUGUGGUUGAGAAGGUCAGGGAGGCCGUCAGUAAUUUGCUUCGAAACCAAGAGGCAUCGUCCACUACUGCUUUUCAUUCUGCUACAAAUUCUUCUACGCAUAUCCCGGUAUCAACCAAUGCCUAUGCAGCCAUGGAAGAAGAGAAUUAUGGGAGAAUACUCCAAACCAACUGAAAGACUGAAAGUGGAACGGACAUCCCCUCCGCUGUCGAUAAUAGAAUUUUGUUUUUCUCGAUUUGUCAUGUAUAUUGUGGAUUAACAAAUGUUAAUUAUGUUGUAUCAGUGCAGCAAUCGUUUUCUGCAGCGAAAUAUGUAGUAUGUACAAGAAAUAAAAAGGAUAUUUUACUGUAAAUUACAACCGACUACUAUUCAGCA